UGUUUCUUUAACUUUACCUUUCUUCGCAGAGAGAGAGAGAGAGAGGGAGAGAGAGAGAUAGUUCGGAGUUUGGAUCUGUCAUCUCUAAAAGUGUGUUAUACAUUCAAAAGCCAGCAAAGAAACUUUAGUUUUCAUCGAUCAAUUACGCUUUUACUCGUUGUUUUGGAGGUUAUAUUAUAAACAUGGCUUCUUCUUCUCUUUCUUUGGCAAUCCCCCUCAAAGAAAAGCAUGAGUUUCAAGAAAAAUACGAUGUGUUCCUGAGUUUCAGAGGUGAGGACACUCGCAAUAUAUUUGCUAGUUAUCUUUAUGAAGCUUUAUUUGCAAAGCAAAUCUUGACUUUCAUGGAUGAUCAUGAACUUGAGAGAGGUGAUGAAAUUUCACCAACACUUCGCAAAGCAAUUCAGGAAUCCAAGAUUUCAAUAAUAAUUUUUUCGAAAAAUUAUGCUUCAUCCACAUGGUGUUUGGAUGAACUUGUGCAUAUACUUGAAUGCAAGAAAAAUUUUGGGCAGACUGUUGUGCCAAUCUUUUACGGCAUAGAUCCAUCGGUUGUACGAAAACAGCAUGGGAGUUAUGAAGUUGCAUUUGCUCAACUUGAACAACGUUUCAAGGCCAAGAAUGGAAUGGAGAAGGUGAAACAAUGGAGGGCUGCUUUAACAGAAGCGUCCAAUCUAUGUGGGUUGGAUUCAAAGGAUUUUAGGCCUGAGGCCAAGUUAGUUCAAAGAAUUGUUGAAGAUAUUUCAUUAAAACUGCCUAAACAUGAUCUGUCUUCAAAUCAUGAUUUCAGAAGGCAUCUUGUUGGAAUAGAAAAAAAUAUCGAGAAAAUCGAAUCACUAUUAUGCAUUGACCCAACACAUGCUCGCAUUAUAGGUAUAUGGGGCAUGGGAGGCAUUGGGAAAACCACCCUUGCUAGUGUUGUAUUUCAGAGGUUAUCAAAUUCUCAGUUUGAAGGUUGCUCUUUUCUUUCCAAUGUGAGGGAAGAGUACGCAAGACAUGGACCAAAUCAUUUGAGAAAGAAGCUCCUUUCUGAAUUAUUAAAUAUUGAUCAUGAUAUUUUAAAGAUGGACACUCCAUUUGUAGCAUCACCUUAUAUUCUUGGCAAACUCCGUCGGAAGAAGGUACUAAUGGUUCUGGAUGAUGUGGACAGUUCGAUCCAAUUGGAAGCUUUAGUUGAAGGAUAUGAUCAGCUUGCUCCUGGAAGUAGAAUCAUUGUUACUACUAGAAAUGUCCAAGUGCUCAAUAAAGUUGCUGAUAAUAUUUACAAGGUUGAGGGAUUAAGGCAUAUUGAAUCUCUUGAGCUCUUCCGUUUGCAUGCUUUUGGAAGAAAUUCUCCUUCAAUGGAUGACGAAAUACUAUUACGAAAGGUGGUGAGUUAUGCAGAUGGAAAUCCAUUGGCUCUUAAAGUCUUGGGUUCUUUCCUUAAUUCCAAAAGCAAAGAAGAGUGGGAAAGUGCAUUAACUAAAUUGCAAAUAUUUCCAAACAAGGACAUUACUAAUGCUCUAAGGAUCAGUUAUGAGGGAUUAGAAGAUAAAGGGAUCCAAAGUAUAUUUCUUGACAUUGCAUGUCUAUUUAAUCAGUCUUUCUCUAGAGAUCAUGCAGAAAGCAUGUUAGAUGUUGGUGAUUCCUUUGUGAAAAUAGGAAUAAGUGUUCUCAUUGAUAAGUGUUUAAUUGAAAAUAAUGAAGCUCGAAGAGACAAUGAGCUGCGGAUGCAUGAUUUAUUGCGCCAAAUGGGUCAGACCAUUGUUCGUGAUGAACAUAAAGAGCUUGGUAACCGUAGUAGGUUGUGGGAUGCUAAAGAUAUUUGUGAUAUACUGGAAAGAAAUAUGGGAACUGAAACAGUUGAAGGGAUAUCAUUCAAUAUGUCUAAAAUCAGCAGAGAUGUAAAUGUUUGUCGUGCAGCCUUCUCAAAGAUGUGCAAUCUACGUAUCCUCAAAAUUUAUUGUGACAAUAUUCAUGACAGCAAGUUCAAACUAUACCUUCCACAGGGUCUUGAUUCUUAUCUUUGGGAUAGGUUAAUAUAUUUUCAGUGGGAUUUGUACCCUUUGAAAUCGUUGCCAUCACAUUUUAAUCUCAGAAAUCUUGUUGAACUGAUACUACGUGGCAGCAAUAUUCAAAAACUUUGGAAUCGUGAAGUUCAGCCAUUUUUCUACAUCCCGUCUCAGGGUCUUCCGGCGUUAAGAAGAAUGGAUCUUAGUUAUUCCAAGCUCCUCACAAAAAUACCAGAUCUGUCUCAACUGGCUCCAAAUCUCGAAAGUAUAAAUCUUGAAUGCUGUAAAAGUUUGGUUCAGGUUCUUCCAUCCGUUCAAAGUCUUCACAAGCUUACUAAUCUAAAUUUGAAUGGUUGCUCCAAACUUAGAGAAUUUAAAGAGAUAUCAAGGAGCAGAUGGUAUUUGGAUCUUGUAAAGUGUGGAGGCAUUAAGAAUUUUCUGAGCACCAUUUGUCAGCAGAAGUUGACAUUUCUCAAAAGUUUUACAAACAAUAUUUCGUCUCUCUCCUCACCUGGAUCCUAUAGUUGCCAAAAGUUUCCAGUGAAUUUAACAGUUUUACAUUUGCGAAGUUUACCAAUAGAAGCAGUGCCCUUAUCAAUUGUGAGUCUCUCUGGUCUUGUUGAAUUAGAUAUGGGUGAAUGCAAAAGACUUAAAAGUCUUCCAACCAGCAUUUGCAAGCUGAAAUCUCUUGAAUCACUAGAUCUGCGUUAUUGUAGCGAACUUGAAAAGUUUCCCGAAAUCUUAGAGCCUAUGGAACACUUAACAAAUCUUACCAUAUCCGGAGCAGGGAUUAAAGAGUUACCGGAGUCCAUUGCUAAUCUAAUUUCCCUUAAAGCAUUGACUGCACAAUCUUGCAAGGAAAUUGAGUUUCUCCCAAAUAAGUUGUGUGAUUUAAGGAAACUUACAUCUUUGUACCUCGAAGGUUGUUCAAAACUUCAAAAAUUGCCUCCCCUUCCACCUGCCUUGUCAGUUUUGGAGGUCAAACAAUGUAAGAGCUUGAAAUUACUACCAGAUCUUCCAUUAUUUUGUACAGUCGUGGAUGCAAGAUAUUGCACAUCACUGGAGAAAAUAUCAGAUUGGAGGACUGCAAUCCAAAACAUCACUGGAAAAUAUAUUUCAGUACUUGACUUUUUUGGUUGUGGAAAGUUGGAUCAGAAUACACGCAACACCAUCGUCCCUCACAAUGCAAUUUAUAAAAUACUUCAAUCUGUCAAUUCAGUUUCUGAAGCCGAACUUUGUUAUCCUGGUGACCAAAUUCCAAAGUGGUUCAAGAAUCAAAAUUCGGGGACUUCGCUGAAAAUUAAGCUUCCUCCAUUUUUGAAUAAUGAUAACUUCUUGGGUUUGGCUUUCUGCGUUGUUCUAGAAGUGAAUAAAGAGAUACCUUGUGCAGGUGUUAGUAUUAAUUUUAAACUCAAUUUCAAAACCAUUGAUGAUGACUGUCCUGGUGAAUUUCAUUCAAGUAUGUCGGUUACGGCAAACAAAUUUUUAGAUCAUGUGCUCAUUAUGUAUGACUCAAAAUGGUCAUUGCCGUUGUCGUUGCAACUUAAUAGUUGUAGUAGCGAGGCCUCUUUGCAUGUUUGGCAUUCGUUCUUUGACUAUAGUGUUAAGGAAAAUUUCAACUUGGGGAGUGAAUAUUGCGAGAUAAAGAAGUGUGGGGUUUGGUUCGUAGACAAGGAAGAUGUAGAGAAGUUUAAUGCAGAAACUAUUCAAAGUAAGAAAAAGAGACAACGCUUUGAUAAUGAAUAUUGUUCUGAACCAAGUGCAAGUGGAAGUGAUCAAUUUGUUCCCUCUGGCUUGCAUGAUGAAGAAGAUCAUCAUGAUGAAUCACAUCCUACCAUUUAUUCAAAGAAAUUCAGGGUUAUGUGAUGUCCCUACUCCAGCGGAUUGCGAUUGCAAACAAACAUGUGGAGUUCAGUUGGUGUGAAUGGUGAAGAUGCAGAGCAACUUGAUGCCAAAGACAUUGACAUAAUAUCCUAAAAUUACUUUGUAGAAAAUCAAUCAUAUUCUAUGACUGCUGAGUUCCAGGUUAUGAAGAAACUCAGUGAGCUAUGCAGGCACUUCAACACUUAAAGAAAAGUCCUCACUCUUCCUGUUUUCUGGUUGUGGUAUUGGACUUGGGAUACCCUGUAUGUGUGCAUAUAUCUGUAUGAAUUUCUUUGAACAUUCUUAACUUAUCUUCCUGAGUAUCAUGUUAUAGAAUGUGUAUUGAUAGGCUUUCCGUCUUUGGUUUAUGGAAAAAUUUCUCAAAUAAUGAAGAAACAGUAAGAAACAGUAUUCUUAAUUGAUUUGCCCCACACCGCUACUUUGGUGCUAUUCUCUGCCUCAUGGUUGACAAAAUAUGUUUAUGUAUAGUUGGUGAUCAUUUUUGUGUUUGGACAUUGUUUAAUUGAAUGAUACAGUUUUCAUUUGAGUUUGAUAAUGUCAAUUUGCUAUGCAUUUGUUCUGCAAAACAGAUAUGGCCCAUGGAAAAUGUCCUGCUUUUAAAAUUCCAUUUAUCCUUAUAUGGAAAAAUAAAUGGUUCCCUAUUGCAAGUCUGCAAAGAGGCCUCAGAUUCUUCAAAAAUUUGCAUGUGAACGUACAUGCUAUAAGGAUAAGCACAACUAAAGCAACAAUCACCAGUUUCAGCCUAUUCAUUAUUUUUACUUGCUUUCCUUUUGCACCAUUGAAACAGAAAUCAUCCGAAUUCUACAAAAUCAUAUGUAUAAUCUGUCCGGUUGUCUAAAACUUGAUAACUUUCCAGAAAUGUUACAGACUACAGAAAACUCGACAGAUCUUUGGAUAGAUGAAACAUGGAUCAAAAAGUUACUGGAGUCAAUUGAAAAUCUAGUCUCCCUCAGAGAUUUAUGCGCAUGGACAUUGAGUUUCUAUUCAAUAGCUUGUGUAAUUUAAGGAAACUUAAGAGCAUAAGCCGCCUAUUAUGCUCAAAACUUCAAAAAUUGCCUCCCCUUUCACCUGCUUUGCUUGCCUUGGCAGUAAGUGGCUGUGAAUGAUAGGCCAUUAUAGUUUGUAUUGUUCAAAUGGUUAUACUGUUACAGUUACUUCUAUCUUCUUGUUGAUAUAUGUAUCAUUUCUAGUCAGUUUUCGAUCUGCACAGUUUAGGAAUACUCAUCUGUAUUAUCAGUAGGAUUACUCAAGCUGUAUAAAUAUUGCUUUUGUUCAAUAACACGUUGAGUUUUUCCAUAUUUCUCAAGAUCAUGUAGUGAGAAGUUUAAAUCAUUACCAGAGGUUCCAUCAUUAUGUUUUAGGCUGUAAUCAAGAUGGUGCAUUUUAUUGGAGAACAUAUAAAUUUGGAGGCCUCCACUCUUAGAAGAUGUGAUAAUUAUUAACCAUAGUAGUUCUUACAAAUUUAUUGACUUUUGUGAUGGUGAAAAAAAUGGAUCAAAAUACACGCAACAGUAUACUCUGAUCGUGCAGUAAUUAAAAUUCUGUCUCGAAUAAAAUUUGGAAGAACUGUAAGUCCACUUUCUCUUUCUUUCUUUUUUCCUUUAAUUAGUUAAGAGAUGUUUAUAAUUUUUCAGGAUGUUGAUUAAUUUCCCAUAUUCAUGAUACAGGGCCCAAGUUCUCAUGAGUUUUGUUAUCCAGGAGAUGAAAUUCCGAACUGAUUCAACUAUCAACCAUGUGGGACUUCAACGAAUAUUAUGCUUCCUCCAUAUUGAAAUAUGACAACUUAUUGGGUUUGGCGUUUUAUAUUGUUCUUGUUCAGAAUAAAUUUGACCCUGAUAUACGUCUUGGUAGUGAUAGUAAACUCAACUUCAAAACCACCCAUGAUGAGCUUCUGUACGAAUAUCAUGAUUCUUUGGAUCUUAAGAAAAAUGGGAAUGAGGUUGGCUCAGGUCACGUCCUCAUGUGGUGUGUCCCAGAACUGACUUUGCGACAUUCAGAAGAAAUGGUUGGUCUAAAUUGGCCGUCUACGUGGAACACUGAUGUCUCUUUGCUAUAAGGAACAUAUGGAGAGAUUAAGAGUUUAGGGUGAUGUCAACAAAUUUGGAAGCGAGUAUGACGAGAUUAAGAAGUUUGGAUUUUGGUUUGUAUACAAGAAAAAUAUAGAGAGAUUUGAAUCGUUUGAUGCAGAAACUGGCAGUAAAACUAAGAGAUGCUUUGAUGGAUAUUGUGAACCAAGUGUAAGUGAAGCUGUUGGCUCUCAUGAGCAAGAAGACGGUGAUAAAUCACAUUCUAAGAAACUCAAGCUUAUGUGGCUGUUUAGAAGAUGCAGCACACUUGGAUGUUGAGGAACAAAGAAAACAGAACAAUUUUGUGCUACAGCUCCAGAGAUAUGCUUGGUGAAAAUUAUGAAAACAGUCAAUAUGUAGUUGUUGGCUCUGACCUAUGUGGAAGAGGAAAAUCCUAAACUAAUUCAAAGACUCGUAAAUCAAUUUAAACUGGGUUCAUUUCUUUACAAAUUAAUGUGUAGAAGUUAACAUAUAUACUCUGUUUUCAACUUGCAUUUACAAAUUUGAAUCUAACUUCAGAAGGAAAGCUCGUUUUCA